AUGGUCCGUUUCGUUACCGACUCACGUACAGCUCCGACGAGGAAGCCUUCUCUCCGCGUCAUCGGAGCCGGUCUCCCUCGUACGGCAACAUCCUCGCUCCAAGCAGCACUAGAGCAACUGGGCUUCGAUCCGUGUUUGCACAUGGCACAAAUAAUCCCUCAUGCCGACAGACAACAGCUUCUCCUUGAUGCAGCUCGUGAAAAAAACACCGAUCGGCGGCAGAAGCUCAUCCACCGGCUUGUGGAUGGUUACGCCGCAGUAUGCGACAUGCCAGCUGUAUUCUUCCUCCCGGAUCUGAUGGACAUGUUCCCCGAGGCAAAGGUGGUCCUCAGUAGUCGGCCCAAUCCUGAGACCUGGGCUAGGAGCUGUUUCGAGAGCUUGGGCUUUUUCUUCACUCCUUGGUUUUAUGGCUGUGGGUUGCUGUGGAAGACGGAUCGCUUGUGGUAUCGGCUUAACAUGCACAUUCUUGACUGGUGCGAUGAGAACUAUAAGCUUGAGGGAAGGAAUAUAUUUACUACUUCAAUGUAUGAGCAGUAUAAUAAGUCGGUGAGAGAGAUUGUGGAGAAGAGGGGACGCUCGCAUCUGGAGUUCAAGGCGGAGGAUGGUUGGGGGCCUUUGUGUGAGUUCUUGGAAAAGGAUGUGCCGAUUACGGAGUAUCCGAGAGUGAACGAGAAAAAAACGUUCUCCAUUAUCAAGAGCAUCAUGAUCAUGAAAGGAAUCCUGAGCUGGGCAGCAGUUGGGGGAGUUGCCUGGUUCGGGUGGAAAUACGUUCCUACUCUCUUGAAAGGAUCGACCAGUUGA